UGCGCCCAACAGCGGACUCCGAGAGGCUAGCGGACCUCGGAACCGGCAGCACUCGCUCUCAACCACCCACCAGUCUCGGAACCAUGGCGGCAGUGGCGGCAGCGUCGGCUGAAUUGCUCAUCAUCGGCUGGUACAUUUUCCGCGUGCUGCUGCAGGUGUUCCUGGAAUGCUGCAUUUACUGGGUAGGAUUCGCUUUUCGAAAUCCUCCAGGGACACAGCCCAUUGCGAGAAGUGAGGUGUUCAGGUACUCCCUGCAGAAGCUGGCAUACACGGUGUCGAGAACCGGACGGCACGUGCUGGGAGAGCGCCGCCAGCGGGCCCCCAACUGAGGCCCCAGCCCCCUCCCCUGGGCGGCCGUGUCACCAGGUGCUCCUGUGCCAUUCCACCAGCAUGGGAGCCAGCGCCGCGCAGGAAUGGGGCGUCCCCUGUGCCCUCUCGCCAGAGGAGCACUUGCCAAGGUCAGUGAGGGGCUGGUAGGCCCCCGGAGAAGCAGCACCGACAAUGACGACAACAAGAGAUCCCUUCCCCACCCCUUUGCACCCCUCCCACUGCGGGUGGCCUAGAGGGAGGAGGGGGGCUUGGGGGGAGCAGACUCCUGAGAUCUGGGCACAGGCAACGCAUUCAGAUCUGGACCAAGUCGGGACAGCGCCAUCCCAGCUGUGCAGCCAUGGCCAUGCCAGCAGGCGGCACCACAGAGAUCCAGACAACUACACCAGCCAGCAGAAUGGCCAUUCCAACAUCACCAGCCGAAGCCCUGAAUCUCGGUGCAGCAGACGAGCGACAACUAUGUGCCUGUGUGGCAGGACUGGAGGGCAGAGGGUGAGGGGAGAGGGUUAAGAAGCAGAGCAGGGCCCUCACUGUCCUUUGCCUACGGCAUGUGCAUUCCAGCCUUGCUGCCUUUGCUCCCUCAAUUCCCCUUUCUUCCUCACUGCCACCCCAAAGAAAUGUGUCACUCAAUUUGGACCUACUGAGCAAGAAAAUGAAUCCCAUCUUUAUCAAAACACCUUCUCCAAGCCCCCAGCCUCUCACUGAUCUUGAAUCCCCCAGGUCUCAUGCAAUUGUGGUCAAUAUUGUGGUAAUCGCUAAUUGUAAUGAUUGUAUAAGUGUGCAUUAGUUGUGUCUCCCCGGCUAGAUUGUAAGCUCCUGGAGGACAGGGACCGCCUCUACUAAAAAUAAAAAAGUACCUCCCCUGUCUCGCACAGUGUCCCAGGACCCUGCGGGGCGGUGGAGGCGCACCAAAAA